GCCGGGGUCAUCUUUUGGUUGAAAUUAUGAGUGGCCCACCCCUUCGUCUGACGACGCGCACCCUCCUCCUCUGCUCUCCCGCAUCAUCCUGGAGACCCCGUUGAGCCGAUCUUUUGGCUGUAUAAAGACAAGCAGCAGCUCAGACUGCUCGGGAGUUGAUCGCGAGGAUUUCGAGUCCGCAUCUUCCCACCUUCUGGACCACCGAGAGACCGACGCCCGCGAGGACUUUGUUUUUAAAGCGGCGGGAUUGUCGUCUGGACUGAUCUCGCAGGAGGCGAGUGAGAGCGUCACUUUGCUCUACUUUCCACUCACGCGUGGACGUUUGCGUUGCACUUGCGUGGAGAAGAAAGCGACGCGAGUACACAUGGCUGCGCUCACCAUACAAAGGACUGACAACUUUUUGCACACCUUUUUACAGGACCGCACGCCCAGCUCCUCUCCAGAGGGCCCCCCCAACGCCCUGUCCUUCCUGGCCACCACCUGCAGCCAAGCCUGGCAGGCGGGCAGCUGUGCCAGCUCCGAGGGCGCCCAGUUCCCCUACGAGGGCAGCGUCAGUUCCGCUUCUGGCAUGUUCCAGCUGUGGAGCAACGACAUGACGCCCGGGACAGCCCUCAGCACGCACCAAAUGACCUUCACCGUGCCCAAGGUGCAAUUUCCUGCCCAUGUGCAGUCUGGCCUGGGCCACCACCACCACCAUCACCACCACCACCAUCAUCAUCAUCCUCACCAUGAGCUUCCUCUCACUCCUCCGGCCGAGCCUGCCUCAUCAUACUCAUUCGAACUCUCCCCCGUCAAAGUGUUGUCCUCGCAGCCGCAGGCCAACGGCUCUUACUACCCGCAACACAGCAGUGUGGGACAAAACUUCCCCAGCUUUCUCCAGAACUCCUCAGCCAGACAUCAGCUGCCAGGAGGCCACAGUGAGGAAGGGCAACAGUGGUGGAGCCUUCCACAAACCAACGGCACACCCUCCAACCAUCCCUUUGCCCUGGGCAGACAGCUCGUGUUGGGCCACCAGCCGCAGAUCGCCGCUCUCCUCCAGGGGACCCCCAAGGGUCUGCUCAGCUCCACGCGCCGCUGUCGGCGCUGCAAGUGCCCCAACUGCCAAGCCGGCGGCGGCGGCUUGGAGUUUGGAAAGAAGAGACUGCACAUCUGCCACAUUCCCGAGUGCGGCAAAGUGUACAAGAAGACGUCGCACCUCAAGGCGCACCUGCGCUGGCAUGCCGGCGAGCGGCCCUUCAUCUGUAACUGGCUCUUCUGCGGCAAAAGCUUCACGCGCUCCGACGAGUUGCAGAGGCACCUGCGCACCCACACCGGCGAGAAACGUUUCGGCUGCCAGCAGUGCGGGAAGAGGUUCAUGAGGAGUGACCACCUCUCCAAACACGUCAAGACCCACCAGAGCAGGAAGAGCAGGCCCGGGCAGCCGGCGCAGGGCUCGGACCCUCUGCUCGCCAACAUCAAGAGAGAGUAACGUCUGCCGUCCGGCUUUCCCGAAUUCCAAAUGCAAACUGUGUGAUUCUCACUUGAUGCGGUAGCUUUGCACACACUGGAAAAAAAAAAGGCUGUGUUGACUUUACCCCAUUUUAUUUCAUCAAGUGGC